UGUUCCACCUGUCGUCCCUAUAUGGGAAUAUUAAGACAAAUCCAAAUUUGGAAGAAAGGAUGAUCCUCCUGAGUUUGCUUUUGAUAACUUUUGCUGGAGUUUGGAUGGAAAAAGAGUGCUGAUGAUGGAGCACUUGAAUUGAUUUAUUUGGCACGCAUGAUGCGCGGAGAUGGCGUGGUGUGAUCGUGGGCUCCAGACGCUCCUGGCCGUCGCGGGCGCCUUCGCUGCCUUUAGCCUCAUGAGCAUCGCCAUCGGAACCGACUACUGGCUCUACUCGCGAGCGUACAUCUGCAACGCCACCAACGCGAGCGCGGAGGACAGCCACGCGCAAAGCAAGAAAGUCAAAGGCGAUCUCACGCACUCUGGACUUUGGAGGAUUUGCUGCAUUGAAGGUAUCAAGAAAGGAAGCUGUUUUCGGAUUAAUCACUUCCCGGAUGAUAAUGACUACGACACAGACAGCUCUGAGUACAUCCUACGUAUUGUGCGAGCCUCCAGCCUCUUCCCUAUCCUCAGCACCAUUUUGCUAAUGUUGGGCGGCUUGUGUGUUGGGAUCGGACGCAUCUACAGCAGAAGAAACAACAUCCUGCUCAGUGCUGGCAUUCUCUUUGUGGCUGCAGGCUUGAGCAACAUCAUCGGUAUCAUCGUUUACAUCUCGAGCAACGCUGGAGAUCCCAGCGACAAGAAAGACGAGGACAAGAAGAAUCAGUACAACUACGGCUGGUCCUUCUAUUUCGGCGCCCUCUCCUUCAUCGUCGCAGAAUCAGUGGGGGUUCUCGCCGUCAACAUAUACAUCGAGAAAAACAAAGAGAAGCGCUGCCGAGCCAGACGUGAUUUCAUUAAAGCCAUUGCCUCCUCUUCACCCUAUUCGCGGAUCCCCAGCUACCAACGCAGACGGAGGCGCUCGCGUUCCAGCUCUAGGUCAUCGGAGCCAUCACCGGGACGGGUGAAAAGGAGGGUAGGAACUGACGGAGAGACGAGUUCGCAUGUGGGAGACAUAAACAUGUUCACCUUCGGCAGGGACCCUUUGAAAGCGGGGAGGUCCUACAGCCCUGACCGUGACUCUGGAUUCUUACAGGUCCACAAUUGCUUCCAGAAAGAUGUGAAAAAUGGCGGCAACAGGAGGACCACACCCGUUUGAGUGUGCUAGCUGUUUAACCUUCAAUGUAUUGUGUACUGAACUGGGGAGUAUGAUCUAAUAUAACCAACAGUAUGCUUCAACUGUGCACAUUCAUGAUCUGUGACCAAGUUAUUCCUGUCUUCUGACGUCUAACUGGAAAUCUGGCUUGAAAUGGGUUCAACUGGUAGGUUAGAGCAGGGGUGUCAAACUCAGUUUCACAUUCAUGCCAAUUAGAUCUCAUGUCAGCCAAGCCAGUAUAUUUUUGGCUAAAUAAGUCAACUCACUGGCUGCCAUUGACGGCGCAAGACAUCCACUCCAUUUUGACCGGAAAUGCAUUGGACGUCAGUGGCAAUGAAAGAUGAACAUCCACAGCUAAUCCUCCCAGUUUAAGUGAAUUGGAAAGGUAGCGCUGAACGAUAGUAGAAAAACACUGACAUUGCAUUUGGGGGGUUUAUGAUAUAUUGCAAUAUUAAAAAUAGAACAAUAUUCACUAUAUUUAAAUAGCUCUGUUUGGAAGACUUUGGUUGACUCACUAUGACCAUAUACUAUUCAUUAGAGAUGUCCCGAUCCAAUCAAAUGAUCGGAAAUCAGGCCAAUCGCUCCAUUUUUCAGAGGAUUGGAAUUGGCUGAAAAGGAUCGGGUUUUUAAUUUUAAAAAUAUAUUUAUGUUUUUCUGCUUCAUGCUCGUACAGCCUCUCACGCUCCCUUCUGAAAAGGAGUGGGACCAAACUGUUUUUCUUGGUCACCAGUGCAGCUGGUGUUUGGUAUUUAAAAUUAACGAUGAUUGAUAGGUUUAUAGCUUUGAUCAAGCCAGCGACGCCUCGGUAGCUCUACGAUCAAAGGCACAAAUGUCAUAAUGAUUGUUAAACUUGGUACACAGUCUGAAGUGUGCUGCGGUAAUUUAUUCAUUGUGUAACCGACAGGCUUUUCUCGGCAGCCUGAGCGUCAAAGCAAAAAAAAAAAAAAAAACGGUGUAUCAUCAGAUUCUCAAAAUCAAGUGACUUGGAUUCGGACUCAAGUAUUCGUAUAAUAACGUUUAAUCCAGGAUAAAGAGAUUAUCGGUGAAUGAUGAAGAUUGGUGUAUAUUUAAGGGAUCCAGGAAGCCAUAUUUCUGCACAUUUGCUGCUUUUAUGAAGAAAAACAAAAGCUUCCAUAAAAGAAAAAAAAAAAAUCUCACGUCCAGUGAUGGGACAAUUGCGUAUGCAAACAUUGCGAUGUCGUUAUUGAAAAGAUAUAUUGUGCAGGCCUAUUGGACGGCUAUUAUUGUCACUGAGUUACGGUAAUUUUGCGUCACUUCCUUGUAAUUUCUUCCUAUAAAUUUUUCAGAAGUUCCUAUUGAUUUUUUGGGGCGUUUCCGGGCUGCUUCCUGUUCAUUUUCUGAAUUUGAUGUUUUUUGUGUCAUUAUUUUGAUAUGGUCAUGAAAUAGUAGGUUAUACAGUAUAAUCAUAACAGUUCAUAUCAAAGUGGUGCUGAAAAAAAAAAUACCAUGAUUUAAAAAAAAAAUAAAUAAUAAUAAAUCAAACAUUGGAAGCAGUUACUCACAAUGUUACUUAGUACUUGAGUAUUUUUUUACUUGUGCUUGAGUAAAUUUUUGAAUGAGUAACUUUACUUUUACUUGAGUAAUAUUCAGAAGUAAGGCUACUCUUGUUUGAGUACAUUUUUUGGCUACUCAACCCACCUCUGGCUGCUAUUGACAGCACCAUUUCGACUGUUAGAAGACGUAUAAACUAGGGUUGUUCCGAUCAUGUUUUUUGCUCCCGAUCCGAUCCCGAUCGUUUCAGUUUGAGUAUCUGCCGAUCCCGAUAUUUCCCGAUCCGAUUGCUUUUUUUUGCUCCCAAUUCAAUUCCAAUCAUUCCCGAUAAUUUUUCCCGAUCAUAUACAUUUUGGCAACGCAUUAAGAAAAAAAUGAAUAAAACUCGGACGAAUAUAUACAUUCAACGUACAGUACAUAAGUACUGUAUUUGUUUAUUAUGACAAUGAAUCCUCAAGAUGGCAUUUACAUUAUUAACAUUCUUUCUGUGAGAGGGAUCCACGGAUAGAAAGACUUGUGACUUUGUAUAUUGUGACUAAAUAUUGCCAUCUAGUGUAUUUGUUGAGCUUUCAGUAAAUGAUACUGUAGCCAUGCCCAAAUGCAUGAUGGGAAGUGGAACCAUGACUGUGCGUAGUGCUACCAAUUGAUAUAUCUUCUCUACGUUGGGAAAUAACAUAAAGUGUUAAGAAAAAGAUCAAUUGCUAUUUUGCUUCCCCACAUUGCUUCCGAUGAUAUUUCUAAUCAUAGGGAAGAGGGAUUGUAAGGCUUUAGCCAAUUAAAAAAAGGCUCCAAAGACAGCCAAAAUUCACUCUGCUCAUUUUACGCUGCCUUUUAUCUGUCUAUAUACAGUGCCAAUGGGAAAACCCAUUGGCAGUGUAUCAAAUACUUGUUCUCCCCACUGUAGGUAAAAUGGCGCCAUUACAUAUUAAGCGCGGCAAUGCGUGAGUGGGUCGUGAAGUGCAUGCAUUAAUUGCGUUGAAUAUUUUAACGUGAUACAUUUUUUUAAAAAUUAUUUACCGCCGUUAUCGGGAUAAAUUUGAUAACCCUACCUUAAGCCUAAACUAAAGACUCUGGAUGAGUGUAACAUAUUAUAUCUGUAACGUUAAAUACAAUUAGAAAUCGAUUUAAUUAAAAAAUAUAUAUAUAUUAAAAAAAGGCAUGGCCGAUAUUUUUUUGCCGAUUCCGAUACUUUGAAAAUGACGUGAUCGGACCCGAUCGAUUGGGAUGCCGACCGAUCGGGACAUCUCUAGUAUAAACGAAUGUGACUGCGGACAUGAAACUGAGCAGAGUGUACUAGUGGACGCACUCGAUCACUAAAAUCAGACAUUUCUUGGUUAUACAGCGCCGAUGUCAAAAGCAUGUGAUUCUGUAUGUACGGUAUGAAUGAGCCUCUCAGGCAGAACCACCCACUGGGCCAGAUUGGACCCCCUAGCAGGCCGCUUCCGGUCCGCGGGCUGUACGUUUGACACCCCUGGGUUUGCGGUUAGUGCUCAACAAAAGGUUAUUGUCCCUGGCUUGAGACAAUUUAGAAAUUAAAGUUAUAUCACUGCCAUUUUCAAAAUGCUGUUGCAUGUCAUAACUUUAUACUGUAGUUACUUGAUAAAAACUCAUAUUACCUAAAGCAAAUGUAUCUGUAAAAGCAGUAACCUCAUUUUGUGUGUUGUUUACCUUAAAGAGAACCUCGGACCUAAAGACUUGUAGGCUCUAAUAAGCCACAAUUGUUCCCUUCUACUAAAAUAUGUUAUUAGAAACGCAUAAAAUAUUGCUAUUGAUUUAAAAAUCUAUAAUAUGUAGUGCGUUUCGACCUACAGACGGCCCUGUCACUAGACGAACACUACCGGUGUUCUGCAAUUCCUGCCUACGCGGCAAGACGUCCAACACAUGCGCACUUCGGUUAAAUGCGGCGAGUACUUACUUUUUGUGUUUUUUAUUUUUUUUUAUUUUUUUUUAUAUAGUCUUGUAUUACCUUUUCAUUGCUUCAAAAUACUUUUUGCAUGUGUUUCCUUCUCAUACUUUUAGGCAUUGUGUUUUCUUGUGGUAGCUUUAAAGCAGAUUGUUGAUCCGUUGACCACAUCAGUCACGUAGCGUAUUUAAACCAUCUUUAUUUGAUAUUACUAAGUUUAAGUGUUUUCUUUAGGCAUCUUUAGUAUGUUUUGUCUGUAUGCGUCUAAAAAAACAAGCUGAAAGCGCACGGUAGUACUUUGGGUGUCAAAUUCGCCUCUUGUAGCACAUUUCACCGGUGUAGCACAUUGUGGCAGAACACAAGUUUUGUCCUACUCUUUUUUCGUCUCAUCCUGUUCCAUCUUUCCUGUUCAUUUUGCUUUUGCUGCUUGUUUGGUGAAAUAUCAGCAGUGCUGUCAUGCUCAUUAAUGUUCCUUUCGAGUUCAAAUUGAAAGGGCUGCACCAGUGUUGUUUUUGUCAACGAUGACGAUAACGAAAAUAUUUUAUAUAUUACAAUUUUUUCAUGACGAGACUAUAACGACCUAAAAACGUGUUUUGGCAGACCAAAACAUAACGAGACUAGUGCCAGUUUUCCUCUGACGAGACAAAAAUAUGCCAUAGUUUACGUCACAUGUUCACAAUGUGUCACAUUUUAUGUGUAGCUAUCCUGCAUCAUAGCAGUGUCUGGUUGUGUCACUCUUGUGACAUGCUGCUGCUCUCUAGUGUCCAGGCUUGCACACAGGGUAAGAUUUGUUUUCAUAUCUUUUGCAGAGAGAAUAUGCAAUGUUGCUUGAGCUUUUACAGGUCUGUGCGGAGUGAUCAUUUCACACUAAAUGUAACUAGUAGCGUUAGCAUAGCAUUCGCGUUCACAUUAGCAUUAGGCUAAUGCUAAUGGCAACUUGGACAACUUUUAUUUACAUACAGUUUGUGGCGUCCAGGUGAGUAUAAUUAAUUGAAAAUAAUAUACUGUUUUCCAGCCAAGUGUGUAUUAUCACCAAGUUGGCGUUGUCCUAGUAGACGCUACGAUAUGUGCUCGUCUGCCAAUGUUCAUUCGAAAUAGUUGGAAACCUUUGUUUUUGAAGUAAAAAAUACAAAAAAGACAAAACUAGACAAAAUUACUGUAUUGGCCCGAAUAUAAGAGGGUGUUUUUUGCAUUGCAAUAAGACUGAAAAAGCGGGGGUCGUCUUAUAUUCGUGGUCUAUACAUUAUACCCAUUCAUGACGCUAGAUGGCGCCAGACAUCAUUGAAGCGAUGUUCUAUCAUGACAGAGCUCAGCUUCUCUCAAGUUUAACCAGUUUGCAUUAUUUUAUUGCAUUGUUUUUCCUUAUUCAGAUUUGUUUCAAGACUACAGUUACAGUUAUACUUCGCUUUGAUGGUUAAUGCAAUUAUUGCAAUUUUGUUGUUUUAUCACAACAUAUUGGUUUAUUUACAUUUCAAAAACCAGAAGCCAUUCAUUUACGAAUGUGAUUGCACUUUAGUUUACAUAGAUUUGAAUGAGGCAAAAUAACAUGCUUUUUCUCUCAAAUAUAUUGUUAUAAUCAUACGUUUCAAAUGUACUGUAAUUAUUUUCUGUACAAAAAUGAAUUUGGUGUUCAAAAAGUCUUUUUUCAAACUUGAGUCUUGAAAAAGCGGGUUGUCUUAUAAUCAGGGCCGUCUUAUAUUCGGGCCAAUACGGUAGUCUUGAGUUUUCGUCAACAAAAACUAGACGAAGACAAACAUUUUGAAAUGACUAAAAUAUGACUAAGACUAAUAAGUAUUAUGGUCCAAAAGACUAAGACUAAAACGAAAUUAAAAGAGCUGCCAAAAACAACACUAGGGUGAACAGAUUACAUGUUUAUGUCGCUAGAGUCAUACUCUUGAAGCCUGGCAGCGUAACCCAGUGACGUCACCGCCAUGCGACGUCAACAACAACGGCGACCUACUAGCUAACUAAUUUUACCAAUUGUAUAAAAACGAAAACAUCAAGUGGGGUUUCAGUAUCAAAUUAUUUUAACUCAUAAUAACGUUUAGCUUUUAAGAACUACAAGUCUAUCUAUCCGUGGUUCCCUUUAAUACAGCCGGUGCUAUGUCUUCUUCAGACAUUCUUCUCUUAUCAUAAGAUUUUCUUGUGCAAAAGUAUUCUUGUAAGCGCUAGUGCUAAUUAGUGAUCACAAUGUGUGAAUUAUGCUAAGCAGCUCUGAAACACUGCCACACUUAUAAUGUGCUUUUUGUAAAUAGAGAUGUAUCUUGUAAAUCUGUCAGAAAAUUGCAGCCGAAGCAUGCGUGUUAACAUAUAUAUCAGCGUAAUGUGUGUCGCUUGCUCAGGGAAGGUUUCAAGGACGAAUUAUAAUGUUGCAGUCUAAGAAAAAGCACACAUGUCCAACUCAUUUGGUUUACGAUCAAAUUCGGAAACAUUAUACUGUAUACCUUAAAUAACGUGAAUUUUAGGUUACAAGACAACCAAUAUCUUUUUUUGCUUUGUUCUAAUGACAUGCUCUAGUUAGUUGCUGGAUGCAAGUGAGCGCUGCACCUCAUAUAAAUGCCUCCCUUAGGCCGCCUCAGGAAAAACACAUUGGCGGUUUUAAUUACACUUGCUAUGACUGAGAUCACAAUGUGCCACUGUAGAUUUCGUUUGCAUAACGCGCAGUACCUGCAGAGAAAACACACGCAUAGCUAGUGUGAAGCUGAAUUAUCGUAUGCUUGCGAUUUUUUUUUUUUUUUUUAGUUUUGUAUACAUAUAAAAGACACAUACUGUACAGUAACGAUUAGCACAUUGCUGUGUUGUUAGUGACUUAGAACUUAGGGCGUAGGUUUGCAUAGGGACGGUAGGGACAUACAGUGGGGAGAACAAGUAUUUGAUACGCUGCCGAUUUUGCUGGUUUUCCCACUUGC